AAUACCAACCGAAACCAAAUGUCCAAAUGCAAAACAAGCUCAAAUGGCAUUUCUGAGGUCAGUGGCCACCACUAGUGCCAUAGCUGCCUCUCUAUUACCCGCCGCCAUUGCCCUUUCUUCUUCUUCUUCUUCCUCUCAAUCUUUCCGAUUCCCUAAAUCCCAAAACAUCUCCUUUUUCUCCUCCUCCUCCUCCACCCCAAACCCAAAACCUCUGUUCCUCGCUACAAGCCUCACCAGCUCUCCCUCAGCUCUCCACAUGGACGCGCCCACAUCGGAACAGAAGCCCUCCUCUCAGAGUGAUGCUGUAUUGCCAGAGCUACUGACAGAGUACAUGGUAGACAUGAAAUGUGAGAGUUGUGUUAAGGCUGUCAAGAAUAAGUUACAAGUUGUUGAUGGGGUUAAAAGUGUAGAGGCGGACCUCGACACCCAAGUUGUUAGGAUUCUGGGUGCAACCCCUCUGAAGACCAUGACUGAAGCUCUCGAGCAGACAGGUCGAAAAGCGAGAUUAAUUGGGCAGGGGAUCCCAGAAGAUUUCUUGGUUUCCGCUGCUGUCGCUGAAUUUAAAGGUCCAGAUGUUUUUGGUGUGGUUCGAUUUGCUCAGGUGAAUAUGGAGUUGGCUAGGAUUGAAGCUAGCUUUAGUGGGUUAUCACCUGGGAAACAUGGUUGGUCCAUUAAUGAAUUUGGUGAUUUAACAAAAGGUGCUGCUAGCACUGGAAAAGUAUUUAAUCCAUCUACAGAAAGUGUAAACGAGCCGCUUGGUGACCUGGGAACAUUGGAUACUGAUGAGAAUGGCAAUGCUUUCUUCUCUGGUGUCAAAGAGAAGCUGAGAGUUUCUGAUCUUAUUGGGAGGUCAAUAGCAGUAUAUGGAACUGCUGACAAGUCAGAUUCGGGUGUCGCAGCUGCUGUAAUCGCUAGAAGCGCUGGAGUAGGUGAGAACUACAAGAAGCUUUGCACUUGUGAUGGGACCACGAUAUGGGAAUCAAGUGACAAAGACUUUGUCAUGAGCAAGGUUUAAUACCCUAAGCAAACUGUAGUUGUCAUAGCCUGGUUUAAUGAAGGCACCUUGUACAGCCAAAAGAUUCAUAUUUAUUUGUUGUACUUGGUGAAUCCUCUGUGCACAGUUGAAAAGAAGACUUAUUUGAUCUAAUAAAGGGCAUGGUUUGGAGUAGUUUGAAUC